AUGCCCUCCUCAAAGAACAGCCACAAGUCCACGCCUGCGCCACAAAAGGGCCAAGGCGGACGCCCGGUGUUACUGACGCGGGACGAUCGUCGAAUCAUCAUACGACUGGCUCUGUUCUCUGCCUCAGAUUGCGACGGCAUCGUAGUGGCAGGGAUUGAGGGCAAGGUCGGGGCAUCAACAGUCCGAGAUGUCGUGAAAAGCCACCUAGGUCCUGACUAUGGCCGAUUCAUGUACUCCCAUGAUAAAAAACAUCCGAGGGGCAAAGAGACCUUCGACAUUGGACGCCGAUGUCUCAAAGAUGACGAGAGUGACCUCGAGGCUUAUAUCCGUCAAGGGGCCGACGGUGGGGUGGUCGCUCCUGACCUGCCCGACGGGCCUUCGCCAAAGCGGAGAAGAGAAGACUAUCCUGCUGAAGGGGAUGAGCUCGUCGGAUUCAAUUGGGUUGUCGGGCUCCACCUAUGCGAUGCCCCUAGGCAGAACAGCAUCCGCGCUGAUUCUCAGACACGGAACAAGGAUCGUGCUCACAAAAACGUGGCUCGCUCAACUCAGAAGGCGCGUCUCACGCCCUCAGUACAAAGGAGGGUGCAUAGUAUGAGGAACUUCAGCAGGAGAGUGCAGUGUACGAGGAACUUGAGCCAGACAAAGAGGCGCAGGUCCAAUCCGCCUUCAACAUCUCCCAUGACUGAGAAGCUGAUAAGGAUACUCGUGAAUCUUUAUCCUCAUCUCGCCGCGAACCAUGGCAGUAGCCAGGUGCCAGAAAUCCUUUAUCUUGCGGAGGAUGCUGGAGUCGAGAUUGCAAAUCACCCAGCCUUUACGCUACAGGAUUGGCAUGGUACCGUCGACCGCUUUGGUAACGUGCCACUUCACUAUGUGGCCACUAGGACCUCGAACAUUCUGCGCUCCAUCAGACACCUGGUCACGUUGGUCCCGGCAGAAAACCGAGCCGAGUGCUUGGGCGCCCAGAAUCAGGCAAAGCAGACUUUCCUGUUCGGUUUGGAGCCGGAAGGCCUCAUCACCGACCGAGACAGUCCCGAAUCCUUCUUAUGCGGCCUGGAGGAAAUCUUGGAAUAUAUCCGCAAAGAAUCCCCAGCAUUUGAUUUCAACCACCGGGAUUGGGAUGGACAGACCUUCUUGCACCAAGUCCUAUACUGCGACUGUAAUUCGAAAGUCAGAUCCCAGUUGCAGAAACCGAAUGUGGCCAACAGGCUGCAAGAAAUCUGCAAGAAUUUCCGCAUCGACCCAUCCACCAUGGACAAUUUCGGCUACGAUAUUAAAUCUUUCUUCCCGGACAACAUCGAGGAGGGACCGCCCUCUUCUACUUGGACUGCUUGGAUUGAGCAGAAUGGAGGGAUGGACUUCAACAAGCUGCUCGCGAAAUUCCAUGAACAAAGUACCACCGACAUGGGCUUUUCCCAGUAUGACCGAGACGGAAACACGUUCUUGCUGGCAUUUAUCAUGCCUGCGGGUGCGGCCUCUGGUGAAGUCGACGCCAAUGUUGUGAAAGAUGUUCUUCACUCCAUCCUGAAGAGAGUCGAUUGUGUUGAUAUGCGCAACAGGCGUGGAGAGACGCCGCUGCAACUGGCGACAAGACUCGGCCUCCCACAUGUGGUGUGGUGCCUUCUCAAGAACGGAGCUUCAAUUGCGGUGAAGGACAAUCGCGGCACAGGGCUUUUCAGUGCUGCGAGAAAGGCUUACCACGACCGACGAUACUCCAGCGACGAAGGAGCAUUCUGGAGAGAAAUCGACAUGAUGCUCUGCGUAUGCCUGCUUUCUGAUGUUGCAUGUGGUCACAAAGUCGACAAGGAGUCUGACCUCAGGUUUCGGCCUUAUCAUUCGCCUUUUCGAGAAACAAACACGCGGGGAUAUCAGGGGCCGACGCGCUCGACCAAGAAGCACCCAAAGAAAAAAAUGUUUCACAUCCGAGACCACCCCCUCUACCAGAGAGAAUGGCGGUUCUGA